GAGCGUAGGAGGCGAUGCGGUUCACAAAAUUCCUUGCCUUGUUCAUCACCACGGUGCCCUUGCUGAGCAUCACGGCGCAAGGACCAUCGCAAGACGAAAUCAAGUCACUCCCGGGACUGUCUGUCAAGCCUACUUUCAAGCAGUACUCAGGAUUUCUCAACGCAGGACCAAAUCGACGCCUGCAUUACUGGUUUGCAGCGAGCCAGACACCGAAAGCAUCUUUAGAUCCGGUCGUCAUCUGGGUGAACGCGGGACCCAAGGGUUGCAGUUCGAUGCUUACUCUAAUGAUGGAGCAUGGACCGUUCCGGCCAACGGAUAACGGGCGACGCCUCGUACCAAAUGACUUCAGCUGGAACAAGGAAAGUGACGUUGCCAACAUUCUGUUCCUGGACGCACCGGCAGGAUCCGGCUACUCGUACGACGCCACCGGAAACUACGCGACCGAUGACGAUCAGGCUGCCGAUGACACGUACCUGGCCAUACUGGACUUCUACCACAAGUUUACUCUUUACGGCACCAACGAUCUAUACGUCAUCGGCCAGGGUCAAGCAGCCACGCACGUGACUCUCGUCGUCGAGCGGCUACUCGAAGAGCCUACGGUCAAACUGAGGGGUUAUGCCAUCAACAACGGAAUCCUGGACAAUCGUUUCCGCAGAAACGGCCUGAUUUUCUUUGGCUACUAUCACGGACUCUUCGGACGAAGGCUGUGGAAAAAACUGACUACUAACUGCUGCAAUGGAGUCGUUACACGACGUUCGUGUAACUUCGUGGAUUCCACCACGGUAACCUGUCAGGAAGCGGUAAAAGAAGCCGGAAACAUAUUGGGAACUGAAGGGCUGAACAUGUACAAUAUCUACGCAAAGUGCGAACCAUCGAAGAACGGCUCGUUUAGCGCAUUCGAGAGUCAUAAGUCCCGAAGGUCCCGAAAAGUGCUCGCUCGGCGUUCGGGGGUGACAUAUGAGGGUACUAGAUGGAGCCCUCAGUGCUUGGACACGGGGGACGUGGUUGCCUACUUGAACAGACAAGACGUAAAAAAGGCGUUGCAUGUCGACGAGUCACCUAAUCCAUGGAUACCUUGCAGUGGCGUGGUCAAGUAUAAGGUCCUAUACGACGACUUGCGGGAGAUCGAUAAAGGGGAUAUCUUCCGGCGACAAAGUGAGGGCCCUGUUUUACUACGGCGACGUCGACAUGGUGUCAAACUUUCUCGGCGCGAAGUGGUUCGUGGAAGACCUUCGAAAACAGACGUUAGUCACCUACGAGCAAUGGCUUUUCCAUCAACAAAUUGGCGGCUAUGUGGAGUACUACGCCGGGAAGAUUGUAUACCUCACAAUAAAGGGCGCCGGACACAGAGUUUCAAGAGACAAACCACCCGUCUCACUCCAAAUAUUCGAGCGUUUUAUUAUAAAUGCACCAUUCUGAACUCGCCAACGCUAACUAGUUUCCUUGAAUAAACGCAUAUCGUCACGGAAAA